GUGCUAGGUAUCAUCAUGUAGUAGUCGGCGAGAAUAAUGCGGGCAUGCCUUAAGAGUGAAAACGUCGUUGAUGAGGGAUGUAUGGCAUAAUGCAAGAGCGAACGAUAUAAUGUUUUUUCCUAAAACACCCUCUUCCUGUAAUCUGUUUUUGUCAAACCUCAGAGUCCCCCUUGCUAAGGGAAGAUACAACCGACUAACUGUCUAUCCCUUUGUCACGAAGUCUUGCCGUGCCGCAACGAUUUCUAGAUGAAACAUCAAGAGCAUUCCCAAAUGACUUCUAUAGCUUC